AUCAUCGCUCAAAUUUGUACGAGGAUUGAUUAAACAUAUUUCAAAUUGUGAUGGCUUCGGUAACGAUAUUAUUUUUCGUGUCAGUGUGUCUUGUAAUAAGUGGUCUGAUUGAUUUUGCUGAAAGCUUCCCCCUCGAGGGGGCAAGCAAGAAAGUUGUUUACACUCGUUAUGUCCGUAGAAGACCAAUUCCAUAUUCAAAUGAUUUUGUUGAAGAAGUAAUUGAAGUCUUUAAUACUCAACGGAGACCUCCUCCAUAUGCAUUUUUACAUGAUGAAGAUCUAACUAGAUUUGUGAGGUGUGACUUUGAUCCUAGUAUGCCGGACUGUGACGAUGAAUCACAGGAAUCUGAUUCUGAAGGUCGAACAGAAAAUUCGCCUUUAUCAACAACUACGACUAAGCCUUCUUCCACUUCAACAACGUCUUCUUCGUCCUUUUGGUGGCAAACAAAAACUGAAACUACAUCAACAACAACAGAACAAAAUUCAAACUCAAAUGAAGAGGGUAUUGAGUUACGAUAUGACAUCAUAACAGAGAUUCCAGAAACAACUUCAACAACAAGAAUUCCUGCGGUUUCCAUUCCUACUACUUCUAUUCCUGCGGCUUCCGAGGAGGAAGAAUAUGGUGAGGAAGAUGAAAAUAAUGAAGGUGAUAAUGGCAACGAUUACGAAGGUGAAACAAACCAGGAUACUAAAUCAAACGAAACAGAUGAUCCAGGUAAAACGGAAUAUAACGAAGAAGAUGAAAAUGCAGAAAAUAAUAAUAAUUCUGAAGUUGUAGCAGAAGUUGAAAUUGAGAAAAAUGGCAAUGAUGAUGAUGAGGGUGGUGAUGUUACCGAAGAUCAAACUCAAGAGGCAACCACAAAGAAGUCAUUUUUUAAUUGGUUUUAAAAUUAUUUAAUAUAA